UCCUCCUAUACCUGGUACAGGAAACAAGGCCCAGGCAGGCCUCAGGGGGACUGGGAGCAGCAAGCCAGGAGCCAGGGGUCCAUGUCUUGGGUGCUCAGGGCUGUGAGGGUGAGGGUGGUUUCCAGAGAUGACCCCGUGACCAGUCAGGCAUCCUUUGCUGCAUUACAGGCAUGAAUCCAGAUCUUCUGACCUACUGCCCACCAGCACGGCUGCCCUAGAUUCUUGACCUUUUUGUCCAACUCAACAAAGGUUUGACCUAAUCUGCAGAUCGCCAUGCAGACCGUUGGCAAGGAAAACCACAGCUCUGUGUCCGAGUUCCUCCUCCUUGGCUUCUCCAGUGAACCACAGGUCAGAAUGGCCCUCUUCACCUUCUUCCUCCUCCUCUACCUCAUCACUCUGCUGGGCAAUGGACUCAUCACCACCCUCAUCUACCUGGACUCACGCCUCCACACACCCAUGUACUUCUUUCUCAGUAUCCUUUCGAUGGUGGACAUGAGCUAUGUCACCACCACUGUGCCUCAGAUGUUGGUUAAUAUGGUAUUUCCAAAGAGAACCAUCUCCUGGGGAGCUUGUGUUGCCCAGAUGUUCAUCUUUUUAGUCCUGGGUAUUGCUGAGUGUGUCCUCUAUGCUGUUAUGGCUUAUGACAGGUAUGUGGCCAUUUGUUUUCCCCUUCACUACAGCCUACUCAUGAGCCGUCCCAUUUGUAUCAAGAUGGUCAUAGUGUGUUGGUGCAUUAGCAUAGCUUCGUCUCUGGUGUACACUGUCUUCACCAUGCGUCUGCCUUACUGUGGCCCUCACAAGAUAAACCACUUCUUCUGUGAGGUCCCUGCUGUCCUGAAGUUGGCCUGUGCAGACACAUCCUUCAACGACCGGCUGGACUUCAUCUUGGGUUUCACCCUGCUCUUGGUCCCACUCUCCCUCAUCCUGGCCUCUUACAUGCGCAUCUUUGCCUCCAUCUUCAGAAUCCGCUCAUCCCAGGGGAGGAUCAAGUCCUUUUCCACAUGUGCUUCCCACAUCACUGUGGUCACCAUGUUCUAUGCACCAUGCAUGAUGAUGUACAUGAGGCCCGGGUCCUGGUAUGACCCCGAGCGGGACAAGAAGCUGGCGCUGUUCUACAACGUUGUCUCUGCCUUCCUCAAUCCCAUCAUCUACAGCCUCAGGAACAAAGAUGUAAAGAUGGCUUUCCUGAAAGUGUUUGGAGACAGAAGGACACCUCAGUGACCUGGGAUGUUUCAGAGUUGUCCACAGUCCUGGGCAGAAUGGAUGGGGCUCUUUAGAUGCAGUAAAGGUACAAAGGUUGUGACCCACCUGAGUCUUCCUGGAGCUGUGAGCAGCCAAGAGGUUGUGACCACCUCAACUGAAGAUGCUCCAAACUCAUUUGUUAGAAAAUUUUCAGCUGCCACCACCCAAAGUCUCUGUUGAGUAUUGCAGGCAAAGGAUUUCUUUGCAAAGACUAUGUCCUUGAGUUUCAUGGCUAUUGUUUUAUUGUUUUUCCUGGGUUUUCUCCUUACCUCUGGAAGUCUAUGUCAGUUCAACAUGAUCGUAGCCAAA